AUGCACAUCCAUCACCACUGUCUAAGACUGCCAAGUGUGCCAGUUCGUGCCAACCGCGCAAUAUUGUUCUCAUUAACAUCCUCAUCAAUAGCAGGCCAAGGCUUGCUACUCACCCUACAGCUUCACCUAGAAGCAAAGUACCUUACCUUAAGCGAAAUGCAAUCAAUAAUCCGUGCACUAAAGCGCAUACGCUUUCUUCGCGCCAAACCUCACCAGCUCUCGCGUUCACUAUCUACUACAACUUCCAUUCCCCAAUACGAACCUGUGGACGAGGAGUUCAGUCCUGGCUACGAUCCCAAACACUACUAUCCUGCAAAGCCCGGGGAGGUUCUCGCCGAUCACUAUCGAUUGCUGGUCAAGAUUGGAUGGGGAAGCGGUUCAACAGUGUGGCUCGCCCGAGAUGUCGCAAGAUAUCGAUGGCAGGCUGAACGCAUUGUAGCCCUCAAAAUCCUCAACAACAACAAUCCCAAGGGUGCCGACCAUGAGCGUCGUAUUGAAGAACACAUCGCUAAGCAAACUCCUUCACACCGCGGUCGUCCGGUUAUCCGCAGUUACCUUGAAAACUUUGAAUUGGCAGGACCCAUCGGCAAACAUAUCUGUCUAGCCUACGAGCCAUCGCGGGAGCCUCUCUGGUUAUACCAAAGACGGUUCGAAAGCGACAGGUUCACCCUGCCGAUGGUUAAAGCCUAUAUUCUUAUCAUUCUGGCUGGUCUCGAUUACUUACAUUCUGUGUGCAAGGUAGUCCAUACUGACCUGAAACUCGACAAUAUCCUCAUAACCUUCGAAAAUGAGAACAUCCUCCCGAGAUUUGUCAAAGAACAAGAAGAGGCUCAGUCGAUGCAAUGCAAGACGGAUUCGGAAACCGGUCGCGUCAUUUACCGCUGUCACAACAACUUCGGACCUCUUGACCCGAGUGGACUAGGCAACAUCUACCCUCAAAUAACCGAUUUUGGCGCCGCGACUCUACUCGGCACUGGUGGAGAUGAUGGCGCCGUUCAACUGGGUACUCGUCCUAUACAACCUGACUAUUAUCGCGCACCUGAGGUCAUUCUGGGAUGUGGGUGGAGCUAUAGUGCUGAUAUAUGGAAUCUGGGUGUUAUGAUAUGGAAUAUACUCGAAGGCACAGAGUUGUUCACCCAGGUACAGGAUGCGGAGGGAACUUACCUCCCAGAAGCACAUCUAGCACAGAUGAUAGCCCUGCUUGGGCCCCCGCCUAAGAAAUUGCUUGUGAUGUCAGAGUCCAUGGCACAGGUUGAGUGGUCACCAGCUAUCACUGAUGAAAGGGGUAAGAUAUUCAAGAACAAUAGGGAAUACUUUGGUGGGCCUUUCUUUGAUGAAGAAGGCAACUUCUUCUACAACGAUUUGAUACCCGCGCGAAAACUUGAAGAUGCAGUCCCAUCUCUAGAAGCGAGCGACAAGGAAGCUUUCCUAUCUUUCAUCAAACAGAUGCUCACUUGGUUGCCUGAGGAACGAAAGACGGCUCGGCAGUUGAUGGAGCACCCUUUCCUCAAUGAUUGA